AUGCGCGGUAUCUCCUCCCGACCAGUACAACCAGGACACUGGGAUCCGCAUGUAACGCGUGUGAAGCAUCCCAUUCCACCCUUACCGAACAGGAAGCCUCUCUAUAUCGCAGGUGGCGCAUCUCUUGUAGCUCUUUGGUAUGUGUUGUCUGCCUACUUCAACAAUAAGGAACGUGUGGGUUCGUCCGUUCUGCGAAUGGUGUCGCAGCGUGUGCGCAGUGCGCCUGAAGUAUACGAGCUACUGGGCGAGCCUGUGCGGAUCAAGCGCAGCAUGUUCGGCGAUCCGUGGAUUGAAGGCAUCAUUAAUCCAUUGAAAGGCAAGGUCGAUAUGAGUUUCGAAGUCGUGGGCCCACGCGGUGUCGGCACAGUGUAUUUCACAUCUGUUCGAAAGCACAAGACAGAUCCAUUCGAGCUCUUGCGGUUCCUUGUUGUGCCUCAUGGCGAUACGAGUCGUGCGAUCUCGCUAUUGAGCCACGGCAUUGAACACAACAUGCUAAAUAGCCAGAACCAGUAA